AUGAAAGUGAACGUGACUUUAGUCGUUGUGCUCCUUACUCUAGGAAUCGUUAACGCGGCCAGGAGGAGAGUCAGAUCCACGACGGCGUCGGUGGUGAAGACGACGCCGGCGUCGUUCAUCGGUAGACAGUUCGCCUUCGCCGAACAGCCCGAAGAAUUAGAGACUCUGUGGGAUAAUUUUGACAUCCAGAAACUAGACAGCCGUUCAGAGAUCUGGAAGAAUGUCUCGGUAAAUCAUAACGAACCCAGGCAAUAUCCGGGACUUCCGAUCAAUCCGGGUGACACAAAUGAACUUCCGAGUCCUAUCUCGACACCGGCGCCGACAUCGCCGCCGCAUAAUCUUCCACCGGGCUGCCUGGCCUCGCGAGGUCAGUACUCGAGUCCGAAAAGCUGUGCUAAUUAUUUGAAUUGCUGGGACGACGUCGUGAUCGAACAGACCUGUCCGAAAGGUUUACUCUUCAACGAUGCCGCCGGUUACUGCGACUUCCCUAUCAACGUCAAAUGCGGCGAUCGACCGCCCGCCACGCAACAACCACCAUUGCCAGCGGGAUCGAAACGUUGUCCGGAUCUAAACGGACGUUAUAGAAGCUCGACCAACUGUUCGGAAUUCUACGUGUGCGUUACGGGCAAACCCAUCAAAUUCUGCUGUCCUCCAAGUCUGGUCUACAAUGACCUAUUGAAUGUUUGCGAUUAUUUAAACAACGUGGACUGCAAAGGCUUAGCCACGCCGCAACCACCGAAGCCUACGCAACCGCCAACUCGACCUUCGCAACCGCCGACUCGACCUUCACGACCACCGACUCUACCUUCGCAACCACCGACUCUACCUUCGCAACCACCGACUCUACCUUCGCAACCACCGACUCUACCUUCGCAGCCACCGACUCUACCUUCACAACCACCAACUCUACCUUCACAGCCACCAACUCUACCUUCGCAACCACCAACUCAAGCUUCGCAACCUCCUCCCACCAACCCUUCACAACCACCCACUUAUCCCUCUCAACCACCUGUUUAUCCCUCUCAACCACCUGUUUAUCCCUCUCAACCACCUAUUUAUCCCUCUCAACCACCUGUUUAUCCCUCUCAACCGCCUAUUUAUCCCCCACAACCACCAACUUAUCCUCAACCAAUGAAUCCUCAACCACCGAUCUAUCAACCUUAUCCACCAUCACCCUCUUAUUCCGGGAAUCCUUGGUUAAGCAAGAUCGAGGCUGAUCCCUGGCUUCCGCGAUCGCAAGCACCUCAGUUGGAGAUCAACAAAGAACACAAACAGGAAGCAAUUUCGCUCGAUAAUCAAUUAUUAGAUAAUCAGCCCAUGCAUGUCGCAACGGAAACACCCAGUCUGGUGAACCCGUGGACUCUGUUCCAGGUGAUACCAAGCGAAUUAAUGAACGCCACGUGUAACAACGAUGACGUGCAUAGACUCAAUGAUGCCUGCACCAACGUUAUAGUUUGCAGGAAUAAUAAGCCUCAGAUAGUGAGAUGUUCAACGGGCUUCUCAUAUGAUAAGCCGUCAGAUUCCUGCAAGCCUUUCAGCAUUGCCAAAUGCUAA